AUGUCACAGCCAUGGGAUUACAUCGCUAAGCUUGUCUGCAUCGGUGAUUCUGGGACUGGCAAGUCUAGUUUGACGAUUCGGCUAUGCGAAGGGCGGUUCUCGUCAUCUCAUGAUGUGACCAUUGGCGUGGAAUUUGGCUCACGUAUCGUCCCGGUCGGGCCGCCUGCCUCGAGACACUUCGGGAAAGAACGAGACGACUAUGGUCCCAACCAUGCCCCCUCUGGGUUGGCAGCACCAGGGGCUGACGAGGAGCCCGUGGUUUCUGGCCUCCCCAGCCCUCCCCGGAAGACCCAGGCAGAUCAGAAACGAAUGAAACUGUCUCUGUGGGAUACAGCUGGACAGGAAACCUACAAGUCAAUCACACGCUCUUAUUUCCGCGGCGCCUCCGGCGCUCUUCUCGUCUUUGAUAUCACACGACCGUCAUCGUUUGUCUCGUGUACUCAGUGGCUUCAUGACUUACGGCAGAUAGCCGAAGAAGGGAUUGUGGUCAUCUUGGUUGGGAACAAAUGUGACCUGUCGGGAGAUGGCUCGAUCCAAAACCAGCGGCGUGUCACUCGACAGGAGGCGGAAGACUGGUGUCGUCAGAAUAAUGUUGUACGUUACGUGGAAACAAGCGCGAAAUCUGGGGAAGGAGUCGAGCAUGCUUUCCUCGAGGUCGCUGAGCGAAUACAUCAAAACAUCGAGGGAGGCAAGUAUGAUCUGAAUGACCGUCGAAGCGGCGUGAAAGGCUUCGGUGCGACAGGUGGUAGAAAUAAUGGAGUGCCAAAAACUGUCACUCUAGGUCUAAAUGACGCGAUGCGCAGAGGUGGAAACGGCUGGGCUGGGAGCUGCUGCUCCUAA